GAUGGGGAGAUAAUAUCAAUUGGCUGACUUUGGAUCAAGCUUUCAAAAAAGCGAGAGAAGAAAAUGUGCCCGUGAUGGUGAUCGUUCACAAAAUGUCAUGCGGCGCCUGCAUCUACCAAAGAAGAUGGUUUUCUCGCAGCAAAACCAUUCAAGCUCUGAGCAAGAAUUUAGCCAUGGUCAAUCUAGAGUACAACGAAGUACCCAAAAGCCCAGAGUUUACUCCCGAUGGCUUUUAUGUCCCGCGCAUUUUGUUUUUCUCUCCGUAUGGAAGACUGCUUCCCGAUGUGAAUGUCAAGUACAACCAACAGUAUAAAUUUAACUACCCUCAGGAGCAUGAUCUUGCAAGCAACAUGAAAUCUGUUAUUGAAGAAUUUCGUCAGCGCUGA